GGUGAAAGUGCAAAGAGUUUUUCAUGAGGGCAGGAAAAAUUGCUCACUAUCUGGCAAAUACUCAACAGAUUGUGCAAUUUAGGUGAAAAACUCAUUGGCAAGAGGAUGAAGUGUCACUACGAGGUGCUGAGCAUUGAAAGGUCGGCGGAUGAAGGUGAAAUAAAGGCUGCGUAUCGAAAGCUCGCCCUGCGUUGGCAUCCUGACAAGAAUCUCGACGAUCCGGACGGUGCCAAGGCGCAGUUCCAACUCGUCCAGCAGGCAUAUGAGGUGCUGUCGGACACCCACGAGCGCGCCUGGUAUGAUAACCACCGGGAGCAGAUCCUGCGCGGCCGACAGACAGACUACGAAGACAAUUCCCUGGACGUCUUCCAGUACUUCACUGCCUCCUGCUAUCGCGGCUUCGGGGAUGAUCCGGGCGGCUUCUACGCGGUGUACGGAGGGGUGUUCGAGCAGCUGGCCACAGAGGAGAUAGAAUUCCUGGACGACGAGAGCGACUUUGAGAAGAUCCCCAAGUUCGGCACCUCGGAAUCCGACUAUGAAGAGUUCGUGCAUCCGUUCUACGCGUUCUGGCAGAGCUUCUGCACGAAGAAGAGUUACGCGUGGUUAUCGCCCCACAACAUCCAUGAAAUUCGGGACAGACGAAUUCUCAAGGCGGUGGAGAAGGAGAACAAAAAAGUGCAGCAAAAAGCGCGACGAGAACGAAACGAGGAGAUAAGGAACCUCGUGGCGUUCGUGAGGAAGCGCGACAAGCGAGUGCUGGCGUACAGGAAAAUACUGGAGGAGAGACUCCAGCAGAACCGCGCAAAGCAGGCGGAGAGUCAGUUGGAGCAGCUGCGGAGACGCAACGAGGAGAUCGCCACGGCGCAGCAGAAGAAGAGUUUCAACGCGGACUACGAGGAGCAGCUGAGGAUGUUGGAGAAGUCGUAUCUGGAGCCAGAAGAGGCGGAGGACGAGAGCGGCGAGAGUGACGCUGAGGAUGAGGAGGCGCUGGCCGGUGGAGUGGCGGAAGUGAAGAUCGAAGCAGAGGAGAUCGAUGAGGGGGCAAAUUGGGACGAAUUCUACUGCGUGGCGUGCAAUAAGACGUUUAAGAAUCAGAGUUCUUACAGAAAUCACGAAUCGUCGAAGAAGCACAGAGAGAAUGUGCAGCGAAUCAGGCAGGAGGUGCAAGAGGAGGAGGAGGAGCGCGUGCAGAAUUGUGAUUCAUCAACAGUGAAUGGCUUCACGUCGGAAUCCGAUGAGGAGGAAAUUGUGGAGAUCAAGUCGAAGGCGAAGAACAGCAAGAAGAGGAAAAACCAGCGAAUUGUCGCUCUGGGAUCUGACAGUGAGUGCGAGAUGGACACUAUUGGGAAGCUCUCGGAGACGGAAGAGGACUGGCAGGAGAACAGCAAGAAGACGAAACCCAAGCAGAAGAUCUUUAGCAAGCCUAAAGUUGUCGAAGAGCCUCAGGCAGCGCAGCAGCCGGCGAGUGUGGAAGCAGAAGUCAGUCCGUCGUGCGUUACGUGCAACGAGAAGUUCACGUCGAAAAACAAGCUGUUCGCGCACCUCAAGAAGACCAACCACGGCGUGCACAUCCCCAAGGCGGGCAAAUCCGGCGGCCAGAGCGCGAAGAAGGGCGAGAAGGUGAGUAAAAGAAAGGCGUAAAGUUUGUUAGUUUGAGGGGUUUUUAUUUCCACGUAUAUAAAAUAGUAUAAAAAGAUAUUUUUGCUUGUAAAAUACAUUGAGAAAAACUACCCUUAAGUUAUGUUUUGAGUAUUUUGUGUGAGUACGCUGGAGUCAUACAAAAAAGCUCUCGAAUACAUUGGCGGUGUGUGUUAUUCGUCCCACUCUCAGUGGACUUAAGUUCGCGAGUCUUUGGGAAGUCGAUGGCCA